UCUAAUUGAGCCCAUUAAUUCUUAUUUUAUAAUUAUAUAUGCCUGCAUACAAAUUCUAUAAUGGUUUGAAUACUUGCAUAAUGGGUGACGUUGACUCAGCCUAAAAUGGCGCCGAAACAACGCCACGUUCCCUAUACGCCACCAUUUUUCACCAACACCAAGACUCCAUUUUUACUUUGACCCCACAAAUUUCAAUAUAAAAAAUCAAAAUUUUAAAACCUGCAAAUAUAUUCCCUAUUCAUGCAAUGCCAAGUGCUACCCUGAUUCUUGCAUGUUCAUCCACUCCAAAAACCGCAAUAUAUUAUACAUACAGCGCCGCCGCCGCAACAAUCUUCCGGCGAAACAGCUAACAUGGAGAAAGAGCCACUCCUCCCUUACAGCAGCCCCAGAAGGCCGCCCUUUCUCCACUGUCUACCCGAAGACGAUGAAAUUACCAUCCCACCCUCCCCCCUCACCCCUUCAUCCAGAGAACUCAAAGACCGCCUGAUUUUCGGCCCCCCCACAUCUCCAUCUUCAUCCACCGCCCCAGAUUUUCUUGAAGCUCUAGCCCUAACCCUCAAUUCCCCCAAGCCCACAUCACAAACCAACGAGGGUUUCGAUUUUCAUCCUCAAAAAUCAAAUCUUGAUCAAGAAAGCCAGCAUUCUUUGCCAGCUUCCAAGAAUCUGCAUAGGUCCAAGACUGCUCCCGCCAUGGCUAACAUCAACGAAAUUCAAGAUUUUUCCGAGGCGGAGCCGCCGCAGUUUGGUAAGCAGUCGGUGGUGAGGCAGGGUGUGGUGCUGUUGAUUAUGUAUUUGAGUCUUGGCGUGGUGAUAUACUCUCUUAGUAGGGAUGAUUUCAAGGGGAGUGAGACACACCCUGUUGUUGAUGCUCUGUAUUUCUGCAUAGUGACUAUGUGUACAAUUGGAUAUGGUGAUAUAACUCCUAAUAGUUUAGCAACUAAGCUGUUUUCAAUCAUGUUUGUAUUGGUGGGAUUCGGUUUCAUCGACAUAUUGCUGACUGGGAUGGUUAGUUAUAUGCUUGAUUUGCAAGAGAAUUAUCUGUUGAGGAGCAUCAAGGGCAGGUGGGGAGGUGAUGGUAGGUCUUACAUAGUGGAUGUGAAGAAGGGGAGGAUGAGGAUUCGGAUGAAGGUUGCGGUGGCGUUGGGGGUGGUGGUGGUUUGUAUUGGAGUAGGUGUUGGUGUGAUGCAUUAUGUUGAGAGGCUGGAUUGGGUGGACUCCUUGUAUCUGUCUGUGAUGUCUGUGACUACAGUUGGAUAUGGUGACCGGGCGUUUGAUUCAUUGGGGGGUCGGGUUUUUGCUUCGGUUUGGCUGCUUGUGUCGACUCUUGCUGUGGCUAGAGCCUUCCUCUACCUGGCGGAGGCGAGGGUGGACAGGAGGCAGAGGAGGAUGGCUAAGUGGGUGCUCCAUCAGCAUAUGACUGUCGCGCAGUUUCUUGCUGCUGACAUUGAUAACAACGGAUUUGUCACUAAAUCAGAAUACGUGAUAUACAAGCUGAAAGAGAUGGGCAAGAUUUCAGAGCACGAUAUUUUGAAGAUAUGCCAUCAGUUUGAAAGGCUGGAUGGUGGCAACUGCGGGAAGAUCAGUCUAGUCGAUCUUAUUGAAAGCCGUCAACAACACCCUUGAAUGCUUCGCUUCUACAUUUACUCAUCCAAUCUAUCUUCACCUUUAAACUCACUCACUUUAUACUUUUAUCUGUCUUCCAUAAAUCCACAGCUGCUACACUUUGUGGAUUUUAUUGAAUUCACACAUUUCGCGCAUUUUCCUAACUUCUUCAUCUACUCCACUUCACUCCAUUCGGUUGCUCGGAUCGGUUUUUAUUUUUAAUAUAUAUUUUUUAAUUUUUUUU